AUGCCGGCACAGAUGGGUUUCGAUGCUGCAUGGGCAAACUUGGACCAGGUCCGGUUCACCUGCCGAGAGAAGAUUUGUGGACUGCAAAUUGCAAAACUGCGGAUGGUCGGUCUGAUGAUGAAUGACCAGGUUGGAUCGGUUUUGGCAAAGAUGGUCGAUAUGGAAGAUGCACUACUUCGUUGUAAAUGUUGUCUUAAAAGCGAUGAGCUGAACAACUCUAUGUAUACGCUAGUCAAACUAGCUCAAUCUGAACGUUUUGAGGAGGAAAUUUUUGAAAUUCAGCGUAACCAACAAGUAAAAUCUAGCUCCCGCUUGAAGUCAUUAUGCCCAAUUCUAGUGGAAGGAAUAUUGCGCGUUGGUGGCCGGCUGCGAAAUGCGCCAGUAGGCUUCAAUAAACGUCACCCAAUUAUAUUACCAGAUAACCACCCUUUCACCGAAUUAGUAAUGGUUCACUAUCACCACAAACUACUUCACGCUGGACCCCAGCUGAUGAUUGCUUCAGUUCGUGAGCGCUUUUGGCCUCUUCGCAUUAGAAACCUUGCUCGAAAGGUUUUUCAUAACUGCGUGAAUUGUUUCCGUUGCAAACCAGAUGUACAACAACAGCUAAUGGGUGAAUUGCCAAGAGAACGUGUGACACCUGCAUUUCCCUUUCUGCGAACUGGUAUUGAUUAUUGCGGCCCAUUUUAUUAUCGUCCAACUCGUCGUGCUACACCUUGGAAAUGCUAUGUAGCAGUAUUCGUCUGCCUUGUGACAAAGGCCGUGCAUCUUGAAUGUGUGGGAGAUCUAACAUCCGAAGCAUUUGUUGCGGCCCUGAAACGAUUCGUCUCACGUAGAGGUACUCCAGAGCUUAUCGAAUGCGAUAAUGCACUGAAUUUUCAAGGAGCAAAACGUGAACUCGCGGAGCUGGCUAAUCUCCUUCGAUCGCAGCAGCAUCAAGAACUUGUACAUAGAAGCUUUCAAGAGGAUCAAAUCACCUUCAAAUUCAUUCCCCCAAGAUCACCUAACUUCGGUGGUCUCUGGGAAGCCGCCGUCAAAUCUAUGAAAAAACAUCUUCGCUGUACAGUGGGUAACGUCAUCCUCUACCAUGAUGAGUUUGUAACUUUGCUGACCCAAAUUGAGGCUUGUCUCAAUUCCCGCCCACUGACUCAACUAUCAACUGAUCCAAAUGAUUUAGAUGUUCUCACUCCUGGACAUUUUCUUAUCCAUCGUCCAUUGAAAGCUAUCCCAGAACCUAGUCUGGAAGAAAUCUCGUUGAAUAGACUGAACCGCUGGCAGCAGACUCAAGAAUACGUACGUCGAAUUUGGAAGCAAUGGCAAUCCGAAUACUUGUCCGGUCUACAACCUCGCACUCGAUGGACGACACAACGUGACAACAUAAAGGUCGACACAAUGGUUCUACUCAAAGAUGAAAAUCUUCCUCCUCUCAAAUGGAAAUUUGGCCGAAUAACGGAAAUCUUCCGUGGAAAUGACAACAACAUUCGCGUCGUUAAUGUUCGAACGGCUCAAGGGGAAUAUCGGAGAUCAAUUGGAAAAAUUUGCGUUCUACCGAUCCAACAACCUGAGGAAUCGGUUCCCAAAGAAGGCAACUAA